AACCACUUCGUAUAUAGCAACCGUUUAUUACAAACGCGGCAGACAGACCCAACUCCUUUUUGCUUAGGAAACCUCCAGGAAAUAAAACAAAAUGCGAGAGAUUGUGCACAUACAGGCCGGCCAGUGUGGUAACCAGAUCGGUGCUAAGUUCUGGGAGGUGAUCUCUGACGAGCACGGCAUUGACCCUACCGGCACAUACCACGGUGACAGCGAUCUUCAGCUUGAGCGAAUCAACGUCUACUACAAUGAGGCCACAGGGGGCAAAUACGUUCCACGUGCUUGCCUUGUCGAUCUUGAGCCAGGUACCAUGGACUCUGUCAGGUCUGGACCAUUCGGUCAGAUCUUCAGACCUGAUAACUUUGUCUUUGGACAAAGUGGUGCUGGCAACAAUUGGGCCAAGGGUCACUACACAGAAGGUGCUGAACUCGUCGAUUCCGUCCUCGACGUUGUCCGAAAGGAGGCUGAGAGCUGCGAUUGCCUGCAGGGAUUCCAGCUGACGCACUCUCUUGGAGGUGGAACCGGCUCUGGUAUGGGAACCCUCAUGAUCAGCAAGAUCCGUGAAGAGUACCCAGACAGGAUCAUGAACACAUUCUCCGUUGUACCAUCACCAAAGGUAUCCGACACCGUUGUUGAGCCCUACAACGCCACCCUCUCAGUACAUCAGCUUGUUGAGAACACAGACGAGACCUACUGUAUCGACAACGAGGCCCUCUACGACAUCUGCUUCCGAACCCUCAAGCUCACCACUCCAACGUAUGGUGAUCUCAACCAUCUUGUCUCUGCCACCAUGUCUGGAGUCACCACCUGUCUCAGAUUCCCCGGUCAGUUGAACGCUGAUCUCCGUAAAUUGGCUGUCAACAUGGUGCCCUUCCCACGUCUUCACUUCUUCAUGCCAGGUUUCGCCCCACUCACUUCUCGAGGAAGCCAGCAGUACCGAGCCCUGACCGUGCCAGAGCUUACCCAGCAGAUGUUUGAUGCCAAGAACAUGAUGGCUGCUUGCGACCCUCGCCACGGUCGGUACCUGACCGUUGCUGCCAUGUUCCGUGGCCGUAUGUCCAUGAAGGAGGUCGACGAACAGAUGUUGAACGUCCAGAACAAGAACAGCAGCUACUUCGUUGAAUGGAUCCCCAACAACGUCAAGACAGCCGUUUGUGACAUUCCACCACGUGGUCUGAAGAUGUCUGCCACCUUCAUCGGCAACAGCACGGCCAUCCAGGAGCUGUUCAAACGUGUCUCUGAGCAGUUCACAGCCAUGUUCCGGCGCAAGGCUUUCUUGCAUUGGUACACUGGUGAGGGUAUGGAUGAGAUGGAGUUCACAGAAGCCGAGUCUAACAUGAACGACUUGGUGUCUGAGUACCAGCAGUACCAGGAUGCCACGGCCGAGGAGGAGGGAGAGUUUGACGAGGAGGAGGGGGAGGAGGAGGCAGCUUAGAUAUACUAGUAAUUGAACUUCAUAAAUAUUCCUUACUGUAAUUAUUUUUUUACUUACUGGCUUUUUUUAUGGAUUCGAAACUAAUUGCAAAAGUUUAAAACAUUAGUUGCACAAUUUUCUGAAUAUUUGGACAGCAAAGAUGUUGCACACUUCCUCCUCUUCAAUAAGAAAUGUUCAGUCAUGCAGUCGAUGAAAGUAUUUAAUUGGCAGAAAUCACAAAAUUAAGAAAGACACGAUAAUUUCGCGGUUUACAAGUGCUUCUAUACAACAAAUAUACCUGCCCCUUGAUGAAGCUUCUCUUUAUAAUCCAGUGGGGCAUUGGCACCGGUUAUCAACUCUUCCUUCCCUUGUACAUGUAGGAAAGCUGCAAAUACGUAGGCUACUUUUGUAACACUCCUAUUAUACAUGACUGUUGGUUUGGUGAAGAGUUUCAAAAACGUUGACAAUGACCACACAUCUGUAGCGGAAAUAUGCCAUGAUAUCAUCCUUGUUGUCUGCGUGUAUGGCGGCCGUAUCUUUUUGUAUGAACUUGCAAUAUCAUCAUCUCUUUUCUCUGGGUUUAUAUCCAGCAAUGAUUUUUUAACGGGUGAGCUUUUGUAAGGCAAUCAGACGAGACAAUAAAGCAGAUUUUUUUCUGUCUUAUGAUAGACCUUUUUGUAACGGGUAGCACUUGUUAAGCAAUCAAAACAAUUACCGGGUUUAUCUGUCUAAAGGUGUCGAGUAUGUACAUUUUUUGUAUUACAGAAACCUUGUUUAGUCAUUUUGUUACCUCAUCAUGUCAUAAAGAAAUAAAUUAUUCUAACGUAAGAA